AUGACCAUCACAAUCCUCCCCGGAUCAACCCAGACCGCGCAAGCGGCUAUUCGCGCCAUCCUCAACGACAGCCCCUCGGCGAAAGUCCAAGCCAUCUACCGCAACCUCUCGAAAGUCCCGGAUGAAUUCGCAUCUAAUCCUCGCUUUCGCGCCGUGAAAGGCGAUAUCGACGACCCUUCAACGAUCGAUCUAUCUGGCACCGAUGCGCUCUUCGUGGUCACACCUCCGCGGUUCGAUGGCGCAGACACGUUCGAGUGCGCGAGAACGACGGCCGAAAAUGCUAAGGCUGCGGUUCGCAAGGUAGGUGUGAAACGGGUGGUUUAUUUGUCGAGUAUUGGGGCGCAUUGCGAGAGUGGCACGGUAUGUACUAUGCUCUCUGUCUUUGCCGGAUUGGUUCAUUUUAUCCUCGUGCAUGGAUGGGUUGAUUGUAUAGACCGCCUGAGCUGA